UUUUCAAAGAUUGCACUCUUGUCCUGCAGAUGUAAAACCUCUGGAAGCUGUGGUGGAUGAAAUUCCCCUGGUGUCUGAGCUGCAGGAUUGUAAACAUUGUUCUGGUGAAACAUGUUUCUUGCUGGACGGACUGCCCUGCGCAUUAGUUGUAAGCACAGUCAUGCCGGGAGUUGCCUUGAAAAUCUGCCCUUCUGGUGUGUGAGGAGGUCCUUGCAUCUGAAGACUGGGCCUGGAGUCUCCCAGCCUCCCCUCGUUAAUCGCCACCGUCCAAAUGUUGCAGGUAAAUCUCGAGCAUUUAGCGUCGGCGCCCCCACAACGGAGGAGGUGUUUGGCCAAAAUUCGCUGCGGAGCUACGUGAGCCAAUUGGAACGGGAGUAUUCAGAGUCAUUGGAACGGCUCAGUCUCUGCCAGGCUUCCCUGGAGACGGAGGGAAAGGAAGGGUCCAGAGCUCUGCAGAAGCGAGUGAGCGAACUGGCACCAGUGGUGACUGAGCUGCUGCAGCUGAGGAACAAGGAGCAGGAGUUGCAGGACAUUCAGACCUUGCUGAAAGAUGAUGAUGCCGAUCUAAAGAGACUUGCUGAGAGCGAAGAGAGUGCUUGCCAGGCAACCAUUCAAGCCCUCAAGGCCAAGAUUCUUUCACUUCUGAUCCCCUCCCAAGAGGUGAACAAUAACGACCUGAUUCUGGAAAUUACUGCAGGCGUUGGGGGACAGGAGUCCAUGCUAUUCACUGCAGAGAUGUUUGAAAUGUACCAGAGUUAUGCAGCCUUCAAGGAUUGGCACUUUGAAGUACUGGAGUACUGUCACAGUGAAUUAGGAGGCUUGCGACAUGCUGCAGCCAGUGUGAGCGGUCAGGGAAGCUACAGACAUAUGAAGUACGAAGGGGGAGUUCACCGAGUGCAGAGGGUCCCCAGAACAGAGAAGCAAGGCAGGACUCACACCAGCACCAUGACUGUGGCUGUGUUGCCCCAGCCCACUGAGAUUGAGCUGACUAUCAGCCCCAAAGACCUGCGGAUAGAAACAAAGCGAGCGAGCGGUGCGGGGGGCCAACACGUCAACACGACGGACAGCGCAGUCCGAAUCCUCCACAUCCCGACAGGUGUGGUAGCCGAGUGCCAGCAGGGGAGGUCACAGCUGAAGAAUCGAGAACGAGCCAUGCAGCGGCUGCGUGCAAAGCUGUACAGCAUGAAGCUGGAAGAGGAGAUCAGCCGACGGCAACAAGCCCGGAGGAUACAGAUUGGGACCAGGGGAAGAUCAGAAAAAAUCCGAACAUAUAAUUUUCCACAGGACAGGGUUACGGACCAUCGGAUUGGGAAAUCGCUCUACAACCUGAAGGACUUCAUGCUGGGGGAAGAGCUUCUGGAUGAGAUGGUUGAAGAGCUGAAAAGCCUGGCCGAUAGUGAAUGUUUGUUUGAGUUCCUGGAGAACAUGCAGAGACGUCAGAACGAGCAGGGCCAAUGACAAUCUCUCAAAACCCUAGUAACAAUGGACAUUAUGCACCGAUUCGUAUUGAUUCUACACAACGCCGUCUCAGCUCCUUUAUGGCUAAAGCCCUUGCCUGUGGCACCUCCAGAGUUAUUCCAAUGGAUUUUAUCAGGCCUCAUCCAAUCUAUGCAGACUGCAGCUCAGCCAAAUCUCUGCAAUUGGUGUCUUCACUCAAGCGAUCUCAUUAUGCCAGUAAGCUCCUCACCACCUCUGUCCUCACUCACUUUCUAUAGCUCCCCGCCCAGCAGUAUUUAGAUUAUCUUAUAAUUUCUUCAGAACCCUCCAGGGCCUUGUCCCAUUUGUGUGUAAGCCCUGCAUCGCUGCCUUCCGAGAUCUGGUCACACUACCCCCUUGAUAAUCUCCAAAUGUAAUUACUCCACUGUGGUUGACUCUGCCCUUGGCUACCUGUGACCAGAGGUCUAUUCCGAAACCCUGCCAUCGUUCUCGUCUCCUGAGGGCAUCUGAGCACAGUACACUUGGUGAAAUAUUACUCCAGGCCUAUAGUUAGUUUAUUGAAAACCCAGGCAAUGAAACUGAUCUGUGAUGAGAUAUCAUGAGACCACAAAGCAUCUGUACCUAUUUGAGAAUUAAGUCUUACUGUGUUAUUGUGUAUUACUGUGUUAUUGUGAGAAUUAAGUGUUACUGUGGUAUUUCUGUGGCAUUUUCUCUGCUAGACUAAUUCUGAAAGGAUGAAGAUGAUCUUUGAUCUUGGUAUGGUACAGAGAGAUGUAGUUUCACGGAUCAAGCUUAUCAAGAGAAGAGUUGGACAUUGUGCUGAGAUGCAUGGGGUGAAUUCCUUUAACCAAGUUGCCACUACUGCACCAUGCGGCAUUUCACAGUGAGGUCCUGGAAAAUGUGGUCAACUCCCACUAUCUUGGGAGCGAGCCAUCAAUUAUUAAAUUAACUACCUGAAAUACA